AGUGGCGCAGGCGACCCUCGAGGCCCACGUGACACCCGGACCGGCGGAAUGCACGACUGGCGCGAGGCGUUGGAGCACCACGUGCUGGUCCCCCCCCACCCGCAGAGGCUGCGGCAGCCCCUGAAGGAGUCCACGGCGUUCCAGUGCGUCCUGAAGUGGCUGGACGGGCCGCUCGUGAAGCAGGGAGUGCUGGAGGUGCUGUCAGAGGUGGGCUGCCACCUUCGCGUGUCUCUCUUCGACAUCACCUACCGACACUUCUUCGGGAGGACGUGGAGGAGCGCGGGGAGGCCCGUGGAGCCGCUCUCCAGGCAGCCGCCCAGGAUCGUCUUCAAUGAGCCCCUGUAUUUUCACACGCCCUUGAACCACCCGAACAUCGUGGCCGUGGUGGAAGUGGUCGCCGGAGGCAAGAAACGGGAUGGGACCCUCCAGGCUCUGUCGUGUGGCUUCGGAAUUCUUCGCAUCUUCAGCAACAAGCCGGAGUCCCCCUCGUCUGCGUCCCAGGACAAACGGCUGAGGCUGUACCAUGGCACCCCCCGAGCCCUGCUGCACCCGCUGCUGCAGGACCCCGUGGAACAAAACAAGCACAUGACCGUGAUCGAGAACUGCAGCCUGCAGUGCACCCUGCGGCCGCACCCGGCCCUGGAGCCCGCCUUCCACCUCCUGCCCGAGAACCUCCUGGUGUCCGGGCUGCAGCACGUACCUGGCCUCCUUCCAGCUCACGGGGACACGGGGGACGCCCUCCGGAAGCCCCGCCUGCAGAGGUCGGUCACGUGGUACUUGGACGAGGUCUUCGUCACGCUGUACCCCUCCCUGGAGAAAUUCGAGGAGGAGCUGCUGGGACUCCUCACCAGCGACCACGUCCGGGAGGGCGGCGGCCCACUGGACGGCGGCGCCCUGGAGAUCUCGGAGCGGCGCCUGUGCGUCGGCGUGCACAGCGGCCUGGGCUUCGUGCACAGGCCGCAGGUCAUGGUGCUGGUGCCCGAGCGGGAGGUGGCCCUGACGCGCUCGGCCAGCUUCAGCAGGAAGGUCGGCCCCUCGUCCAAGGCCAGCUCUGGGAACCAGGCUCUGGUUCUGAGAAGCCGUCUGCGAGUGCCCGAGAUGGUCCGUCACCCGGCGUUCGCCGUCGUCUUCCAGCUGGAGUACGUGCUGAGCGGCCCCUCGGGAGUGGACGGCAACGCGGCUUCUGCCACCUCCCUGGCCAGCCUGGCGUGCACGCGCACGGUGCGCUGGGCCGUCUGGAGGCCCGGGCUGGAGGCGGGCUCCGGGAGCCUGAUGCUGCCUCUCCAGGGCGGGAUCCGGCCCAGCCCCCUGCACCGCCUGGUCUACAAGGUGCCCCCGGCCAGCAUGAGCUCCGAAGAGGUGAAGCAGGUGGAGUCGGGGACCGUCCACUUCCAGUACUCGCUGAGCCCGGACGGACACCCGGACGCGCCCACAGGGCACCCCCGGGCAGAGCGGCGGCCCUCCGGGAAGACGGCCACGUCCCCUUCAGGCCCGCCAGUGCCGCCGCCCCAGGGGCUGCUCGCCUCCCAGGACUCGCCUGUGGGACCCGGGCUGUCCCUUUCCCAGCUGGCAGCUUCCCCACGGUCCCCGACUCCCCGCCGCCCGGCCAGGCCCUCGUCCCAGCGGCCCGACAGCCCCGAGCCCUCGCAGGCACAGGCGGAGAUCCCCUUGGAGGGCGGGAUCUCCCACCUGGAAGCUGACCUGAGCCAGACGCCCCCGGCCCCCGGCCCGUGUGUCGCCGAGCAGUUGCAGGAGCUGCCUUUCGCCCCGGUGCACGCCCCGAUCGUGGUGGGGGCCCAGACCCGGAGCUCCGGGAGGAAGCUCUCGAGGGCCGCGCUGGCGCUCCUGCGGGCCUCCGGCUUCCCCGAGGUCGUGGACGCCCGCGGGCAGCCCGUGGAGGCGGUGGACCCGGCAGAGCCCGUGAACUUCGACCCUCAGAAGGAAGAGUCAGACCCUCUGCAGAGCAACGAGAUCGUGCUCCAGUUCCUCGCCUUCAGCAGGGUGCCCGAGGCCGACCCGGGAGCGCCGUGGCCGAGCACUGUGUAUUUCACCUUCCAGUUCUACCGCUUCCCGCCCGCGACGACCCCGCGGCUGCGGCUGCUGGAGCUGGACGGGACGGGGACGUCCCGCUCGGGGCCCGUGUCGCACAUCCUCGUCCCCGUCGGCCAGGACGGCGCCUUGGACGCGGGGCCUCCCGGCUUCCGGCUGAGCUACCUGGUGGGCCCGGGGCUCCUGAGGCCUGGGGAGCGGCGCUGGUUCGCCCGCUACCUGGCCCUGCAGACGCUGCAGCUGGACGUCUGGGACGGAGACUCCCUGCUGCUCGUCGGGUCCGCGGCCGUCCAGAUGAAGCACCUCCUGCGCCAGGGCCGGCCGGCCGUGCAGGUCUCUCACGAGCUGGAGGUCGUGGCAACGGAGUACGAGCAGGAAGCGAUGGUGAUGAGCGGGGACGUGACCGGGUUCAGCGGCAUCAAGCCGAUCGGCGUCCACACGGUGGUGAAGGGCUGGCUGCACCUGACCUUGGCCAACGUAGGCCACGUGUGCGAACAGAGAGGGAUGCCUUCCGGCUCUCUGCCGCCUUCCAGGUCGCAGGUCAUCUCGAGCGACGGAGCCGGCCGCUUCGAGGGAGGCAGCCUCCUCACAAGGGGGGGCCCGAGACGGAAGAGAAAUGUGGUCCAGGCACAGAAGCUGACCGACCUGGACAGCGAGCUGGCCGCCAUGCUCUUCGCCCCCACGUGGCCCGGGGGCCGGGGGCCCCAGGGUGCGGGGCAAGAGGGUGACGCCGUGCGCAGGCGCAAGCUGGAGCGGAUGAGGACCGUGCAUCUGCAGGAGGCAGCCAGCGAGGGCGGCUGCCGGAGGACCGGGGUGCUGGCCCUGCAGGACGUCCGGGCGCAGCAGGCGCGGGACCUGCAGGUCAUCGCCGCCUACCGGGAGCGCACGAAGGGGCAGAGCAUCGCCGGCGCGCUGAGGCUGGCCAUUACCACGGAGCAUACCCUCUGCGCCACGCUGGGCACCGCCGAGUUCUUCGAGUUCGCGCUCCGGAACCCCCACGGCACGCCGCAGACCGUGACCGUUGAGGUGGACAACCCCGAGCUCAGCCUCGUCCUGGACCCCCGGGAGUGGAGGCACUUCAAGGACGCGGCCGGCCUGCUCACGCCCGUGGAGGAGGACAUGUUCCGCCUGCGGGGCGGCCUCGCGCCCCAGCUCUUCCUGCGCCCCCGGGAGACCGCCCACAUCCCCUUCAAGUACCAGCUCUUCUCCGUGGCGCAGGCCUCUGCUGACCUGGGCUCUGAGAAGGACCCGGAGCCCGGAUCGCCUGGGAAGCCCAGCACGAUGCCCACCAGGCACGCCAAGGUGCUGUUCCGGGCCGGCGGCGGCAGGCCCCUGGCCGCGCUCCACCUGACGGUGCAGCCCCAGCCGCACGCGGUGGACCAGGUGUUCCGCUUCUACCACCCCGAGCUCACCUUCCUGAAGAAGGCCAUCCGGCUGCCCCCCUGGCACACGCUUCCAGGCGCCCCCGUGGGAACGCCUGGCGAGGAGCCCCCGGUCCACGUCCGCUGCAGUGACCCGAGCGCCAUCUGCGAGACCCAGAGGGCGGGCCCCGGGGAGCCCAGGGACGUGUUCCUGAAGGUGGCGAGUGGGCCGAGCCCGGAGACCAAGGACUUCUUUGUUGCCAUCUACAGGGACCGCUGGCUGGCCGCGCCCGCCCAGAUCUGGCAGGUGCACCUGCACUCCCUGCAGCGCGUGGACGUGUCCUGCGUCGCGGGCCAGCGGACCCGCCUCUCCCUCGUCCUUCGGGGGACACAGACGGUCCGGAGGGUGAGGGCCUUCACCUCGCACCCCCAGGAGCUGACGACGGACCCCAGCGGGGUCUUCACGCUGCCGCCCCACGGCGUGCAGGACCUGCAUGUGGGCGUGCGGCCCCGCCGGGCGGGCGGCCGCUUCGUGCACCUCAACGUGGUCGACGUGGACUUCCACCAGCUGGUGGCCUCGUGGCUCGUGUGCCUCUCCUGCCGUCCGCCUCUCAUCUCCAAGGCCUUUGAGAUCACCAUGGCCGCGGGGCACGGCAAGGGUGCCCACAAGCAGAUCACCUACACCAACCCCUACCCCUUCCGCCGCACCUACCACCUGCACAGCGACCACCCCGGCCUGCUGCGCUUCAAGGAGGACACCUUCCAGCUCGAGGGCGGAGAGACCUACACCAUCGACCUGCGGUUCGCGCCCCGCCGGAGAGCGGGGGAGGAGGAGGUUCUGAUCCACAUCAACGACCACGAGGACAAGAACGAGGAGACUUUCUCCGUGAAGGUCGUCUACCAGUAGGGGGCGCCCCGACGGCGCUGCUGCUGCUGCU